AGAGGGCUGGGGGAGGGGGAACGACGCCUCCUUUUAUUUCAAAUAAAAACACCCAAGCUUCUCUCGUCACCCGAGAAGAAGGCGACGACCCAGAGGAAGAAGAAGGCUCGAGAAGAUUCUCUCCAGGUAAGAAGCGAUGAUGACGAUGAAGAAGGAGCUCCCCCAGUCAUGGUGGUUCGAUAGACACGAUUGCUUGAGGCAGUCCCCGUGGUUAUUAUCGACUCUUUCGGAACUAGAAGAGAAGACCAAGCAAAUGCUGAAACUGAUAGAGGAAGAUGCUGACUCAUUUGCUCAGCGUGCAGAGAUGUACUACAAGAAGAGACCCCAACUUGUGAACAUGAUUGAAGAUUUCUAUCGAGCUCAACGUUCGUUGGCUGAGCAAUAUGACCUGCUCAAGUCAGGAGGUGGAAUACGUCGCAACACAUCAUAUGGUCCCUCUUUCUUAGACAAAAGUUGGUCACAGAAGGUAACAAACAGCACAACAGAUGGGUCAUCAGUGCUUUCCUCAGAUUUUUUUGAUUCUGAGGAUUCUGAAGUCGAUGAUCCUGAACAAGAAGAAGCUGAAGCAGAGAGCAAGCCGAGAGAGGUACCAGAUAAGAAGACUGACUAUAAUGUGGUGAAGCAGAUGAGCAAAGAACUGGAAAGACUUAAACAGGAGAAUGCAACUCUGAAGGCUAAGCUAGCAGAGAAAGAUGAGGAGAAGAGGGAGGUAAUCAGACAGCUUGCUUUGCCCUUGGACAUCCUAAAGGAGGAAAAUGCUCUGUUGAGGAAGCACAUCAAGGAUCCGAAGAAAUCAGGCAGCCAUUUUGAACUCAAGAAACUGACAAAGGAAAUAUUUUCAGGGAGUCUUUUUGCUGGCCUCUCAAAGCCCCAGACUACAAUUGUGGCCCUCUAAUGAUAUCUGCAUUGUGGUAUAACAUCUCGUAGAACCAACAUUGUAUCUUUAUAACUAAUUUAUAGGGUUAAGAGUGUGAACUUUACUUGCUUGGCUUGAGUCAGGGUAGUGUGAUGUAAUGGAAAUUCAAUAUUUUAGCAAAAUUUUCUAUGUAUAUUUGAGAAGAUAGUAUACUUUUGUAGUGUCUGACCCACCCAUAUAUGUAAUCUUACCUUGUGACAUCCUCUCUGAAUUAGAUCAUUGUAAACCCAGGACAUGUCUCCUUGUAGAAAUGAUAUCAGUUGCUUCUUUCA